AUGGUCACUAGCACCAAGUACCCUGGCUUGGAAGUUGCUGUUCAUGUUGAUGAUCGGCCAUUACAGGAGUACGAUGAUGGCGACGAGAAUCCCCCGCCAAACACCGUUACAAAAUACGUCGAAGCUAAAUCAGGGCUGAAGAAAGCGUUGAAAGGAAAUGCGUUCUCACACCAAGCCGCUUUGGCCGCCCCAGAAAGGUCUCAGAGCCAAUCCGGACAGAAGCUCAGAGUGUAUAGUCUCGCAGAGAAAGAGCCAUUCGCAGUAUUUCAUUUCAAAUACAGAUCUCUUGAGGACAGACCAGAAGAAGAGCUUACUCCCGACGAGCUGAGAGAGCUAGUUCGCCGCAUGAGACAACGAGAAGCGCAAAGCAAUCUCAUCAAGAGAGAGACAACAAACAAAGGUCCCAUCAAGCAUGAACAGGUUGACGAUGGUCAGGCCACUGCAGCUGGAUCACGCACCUAA